UACCAUGAAAACCGUUUUACCAGCGCAAUUUUCAUAAAUUCGUUUUGUAACAUAGCGUGAAAUGCGAUUGUGCGAUCUGUAAAGUCUUCAUUUUGGUUGGCACGAACAGAGACUGAUUGCAGGUUUCUGUCAGCACACAGGGUCAACAGCUCCACAUGCUACCGGGUAUGCGGUUCUAUAUGCCCUCCGCGGCAGCUCUAUUCGGAUCGUUGUGCCAUGGCUGUCGCAGCCGGGCGCGUAGUUUGUCAUUCCGGGGCUGUAGUUGGUCGCCCCGACAGAUCAGCCGGUGGAACAGUCAGGAUUCAAUUCAAUCUACUGCAGAGAACCCACGAAUUCUCAUCACAGGAGGCCUUGGCCAGUUAGGUGUGGGGCUUGCAGAAAUCCUGAGGAAACAGUACGGAACAGAAAACGUUAUCCUAUCGGAUAUUAAAAAGGCUCCACCAGAAGUGUACAGAAGUGGCCCGUUUGUGUAUGCUGACGUGUUGGACUAUAAGAACCUCAGAGAGUUGGUGGUGAAUAACCGCAUUACCUGGCUGGUGCAUUACAGCGCUCUACUCAGUGUUGUAGGAGAGGCCAAUGUGGCCCUGGCACGCAAGAUCAAUAUCACAGGCCUUCAUAAUGUGCUGGACCUGGCUCUGGAGAGCUGCUUACGUCUCUUUGUCCCUAGCACCAUCGGAGCUUUUGGCCCUUCUUCUCCCCGUGACCCCGCACCUGACCUGUGUGUCCAGAGGCCUCACACCAUUUAUGGGGUGUCCAAAGUGCACGCCGAACUGAUGGGGGAGUAUCUUCAUCACAAGUAUGGACUGGACUUCCGCUGCCUACGCUAUCCUGGCAUCAUCUCAGCUAACACACAGCCUGGGGGAGGAACAACAGACUAUGCUGUCCAGAUUUUUCACGAUGCACUCAGCACAGGUCACCACGAGUGCUAUUUACGCGCUGAUACACGUCUGCCCAUGAUGCACAUUGGUGACUGCCACCGUGCGACUGUGGAGUUCAUGCAUGCCCCGGAAUGCCAACUGUCGCUGCGCACGUACAACAUCGCUGCCAUGAGCUUCACCCCCGAGGAAGUUUCCACGGAAAUACGCAAGCACCUGCCCCACCUCAAGGUCACCUAUAACCCUGACUCUGUCCGCCAGACCAUUGCGGACAGCUGGCCAGUGAGGUUUGAUGACUCCAAUGCACAGAGAGACUGGGGCUGGAAGUCGACCUAUGGGCUUGAGGAGCUCGUCUCAGACAUGCUAAGCUCCAUCCAUGACAAGAAGACCAACGCCAGACUGCCAGUCAGCUAGCAGGCCCCACUCACAGAGACUGACCUGCCAAUCACUAUUCCCUUAAAUCCACUUCAUUCUGGGUCUGCCUAUCACAACAGACCCUCUUUAACCUUAGCAUAAUUUCCAAACCAGGAACCUUUUGUAUGUCAGGAAUAUUCUACCAAUAAACCAGGGACUAUUUUCAAACCAGGAGUCUUCAGCCAGAACCACUCAACUUGCCACGACAGUGGACACUGAAACCACACACACACACAUGGUAGGCAGCACACGCUCUCAUAAUAGCAGCCUUACUCAUUACAGUCAAUCAUUCUCUUCUGUUGUGACUUUCUUCAGUUUCUGUUGUUUUAAUUGUGAUAGAGAUCAUUUAAGUAUCAUAGCAGGUUUAAUAUUAGCCUCAAACCUCUGGGGGAAAUAGGCUUCAGGCAAAUUAUUUUACAUAUAGUUAAGUCAAAUCAAAUUAUAUUUGUCCCAUGUGCCAAAUACAACAACCUUACAGUGAAAUGCUUACUUUACAAGCCCUUAACCAACAAUGCAGUUUUAAG